AUGGCGUUUUAGUGGAAAAUUCAAACUUAACAUGGCGGCUGAGAAAGAACCUGACGAAAACAAACAGAGUAGAAGGGGAACAGUAUGUAAUAUAAUCAUAAGCCAGGAAAUGCAUCAAACCCAGCCAGUCAUCUUCAACCCUGAUUUUUUUGUGGAGAAACUGAGGCAUGAGCGACCCCAAGUUUUUACAGAGCUGCUGUUAAGUAACAUAACCAGGCUAAUUGAUCUACCUGGAGCGGAAUUCUCCCAGCUCCAGGGGGAAGCUGACCUCAAGCUUCCUGUAUCCACAGGUUUCCUCCGCCUACCAAGCUUCCUGAAGCGCAAAGAAAAAGGAGUGAUCUUUGGGGCACCCUUAACUGAGGAGGGCAUAGCACAAAUUUACCAGCUCAUUGAAUAUCUUGGAAAAAACCUGCAUGUGGAGGGCCUGUUCCGUGUUCCUGGGAACAGCAUCAGACAGCAGGCCCUGAGGGAGAUGCUGAACGGUGGGGCAGACAUAGACCUGGAGUCCGGGGACUACUACCCCCAUGACGUGGCCACGCUGCUUAAGAUCUUCUUGGGGGAGCUGCCAGAGCCGCUGCUGACUCACCGCCAUUAUCACGCGCAUCUAAAAAUAGCCGAGAUGACUCUGUUAGACGAGAAAGGCAAUAAAACGUGUGUCCCUAACAAAGAGCGUCAGAUUGAAGCACUGCAGCUGCUUUUCAUGUUGCUCCCACCUGCCAACCGCGCUCUCCUCAAGCUGCUCCUGGAUCUGCUCUACCAGACCGCCAAGCAGCAAGACAAAAACAAAAUGUCCGCCUUCAACUUGGCCCUAAUGUUUGCGCCGCACAUCAUUUGGCCAAAAAAUGUGACUGCGAAUGAUCUGCAGGAUAAUUUGAAUAAACUGAAUAAUGGCAUCGCAUUUCUGAUUAAGCACUCACAGAAGUUGUUUCGGGCACCACCAUAUAUCAAAGAUCAUGCACGGAUGCUCUUUGCAGGAUCAAACACUCCUCAAUCAAAGGACGACAUGGCACUUUACACUGGGGCGGUCAGCCGAGGCCUGUUGUCCUCCAAGCGGAACAGUGAUGAGCAAUGCGGCGGCGAGCAACAACACACCCAUGAGGCACUUCGCGACCUCUUCAUUCAUGUCAGCCACAUGCCUGAGUCUGCCAAGAAGAAGAAACUCAUUCGUCAGUUCAACAAGCAGGGAACUCCAGUACGGGAACUCUCCAAGCCUUCAAACCCGAAACAUAGUCGUUCCCGGUCCUUUGGGGGCUUAAUCAAGAAAAAAGUUUUGGGGAACCAGCAAACAGGUGAGAGAGCUGGAACCAGGGCAAGCCAAACCAAGGAGAUGACAAAAAAUAGCUCCUCAUCUCUGAAAAGGACUCCUCUUUCACCAGCCCAGCAGUCCAGUUUAAGCUUACCCUAACGUUAUUUUGGCAAGUAACCAUUUUGGAAAAGCUUUAGAUAAUAUAAUUAUUUGAACUUGGCCAACAAAGGUGAUCUCUCAGAUGCUGACUACGCAAAUAAGAAUUUCCAAAACAGUGUGAUUUACUUCAUUAGGUAAUUUCCCCAACCUGAAAAAUCUGGUUAAUUCAGAACUGCUAAUCUGUUUGUGAAAGAAAUAAAAAUAGAAAAAAAGGCAGUAUAUGCAAACCUAUAUACUCUCCUAUAAGCCCUAUAUUCACAUGUAGUAAUAAAGGUCAAGGUGAAUCCCUUUUCUGUGAUUUUGGCUACUAAGUGUACUUCAGCUUCCAUUAGUAUUUGAACAGUUGGCCCUUAAUGUAGGUCAAAAAGGUUUAUGUGAAUUUCAUGAGCAGUCUAGUGACCAGACAUGGCUUCAUUUCCGACCUAUCUGGAAGGUAAUCUAGGUCUGCUACAGUGAACUGUUCUUCAGUCUCUAAGAGUGUGAUAUCUGCAUUUUGGGGGGGGCUUUUUUUUUUUUUUUUUUGG